CCUUCCUGCCAAGGCAUGCAAGGGUGGGGGUAGGGGGCGGAAGGAAGGGGGGUACGUUCUACCCUGCACCCAGCUCGUGCAAAGACGGGAAGGGAGGAAACAUAACGUCCUUCGUGCGAAGAGCAACUGGCCCUGAGUGGGAGAGAGGGAGGACCAUGGAUGAAAAAAUCCGGAAGGUGUCACACAAGGCAAAGGAUACAAAGCCAGAGCCAGAAAUUGUCAAAGAACCAGAAAUCUUAGAACCAGAAAUCCUAGAACAAGAAGAUGAGGAAAUUCCUGGCUUAAAUCCUCUUCUCCGACACAUUGUUACAGGAAAUGUAGUCCGUCUGCAGAAGAUUUUUGAAGACCCAAAAGAACCCCUUCACUCGGAUGCCAUGAAGCUAGUCAUGGAAGAAGAUGUUCUUGGUAGGAACUUGUUGUAUACAGCAUGCAUGGCUGGGCAAAGCGAAGUGAUUAAAGUAUUGGCAAAAUACGGAGUGAACAUGAAUGCGAAAACGAAUAGAGGUUACACACUUUUACACUGUGCUGCAGCCUGGGGCCGAUUGGAAACUUUGAAAGCACUGGUGGAUCUGGAAGUCGAUAUUGACGUGGUAAAUUAUCGUAAUGAAACAGCCAGAGAUGUGGCUGUUCGGUACUCUCAGACAGAGUGUAUUAAUUACCUGGAUUUUGCAGUUGCUCGCCUGUCUCUGAAAAGGUCCAUUACAAAGAUACAGACAAUCAUUGUAGAUCCAGAGAAGGCACCAGGAAAGAUGAGUAAGGAGGACAAGAUCUUGCUUACCAAUGUCUGCCGGAUCAAAACAGAGUGGAUUGAGCUGCAUCCAGAUGCAACUAUAGAAGAAAUUAUGGAACAAAAGCAGCAACUGGAAAACAUAGUGAAUCCUGUUCUUUUGAAAAUGGCCUCUGCACAAAUAACAAGCAGACGGUUUUCAGAAAGACCUGGAAAGACUUACAGGAACUGAUGCCAAGUGAAGUGAGAGGAUCAGGAGAACAUUGCACACAGUAAGAGCAAUAUUGGACAAUGAAGAAUUGUGAAUGACAGCUGUUAUCAGCAUUACAAUGAUCCAAGACAGUCCCAAAGGACUGGUGGUGAAAAAUGUUAUCCAUCUCCAAAAAAGAACUGAUGAUGUAUAAAUACAAAUAGAAGCAUACUGUUUUCCUUUCUCCUUCCCUCCCUCCCUCUUUUCCUUCCUUCCUUCCUUUCAACCUUCCUCUCUCCCUCCCUUUCCUUCUCCCCUCCCUCCCUCCCUCCCUCCCUCCCUUCCUCC